AACUUAACGGAAGAAACUUUACAGAGCUCGACAAGUUGGCCUCGGUACACCGGACGGAACGUCACGCCGGACCCACGUAGCGGGCGGCUCUUAUCUGCCAGCUGACGUCGGUUGGGAGCAUCGGGAACGUUACACGGGAGACGUUGACCGUGCGAUGCAAACGCUCGCGUCAAACGGCGUCAUGGACUCGGUGAAGAUUAAAGCGCACUACUGCGGGGACAUGCUGAUCGCAGACUUGGCAGCCACGGUAACCUUCGUGGAGCUGCGCGAGGAGGUGAGAAGGAUGUGCAGCGUUGCCAAGCAGCUGCCUGUCACACUCAAGUGGAUCGAUGACGAAGGGGACCCGUGUACCAUCUCGUCUCAGAUGGAGCUGGAGGAGGCGUUCCGUAUUUACAGCCGAACCAGGAGGUCUGGUCUACAGCUGCACGUCUUCCCCAGUAUCCCGGAGCGACCCGGCAUGCCCUGCCCUGGAGAAGACCAGUCCAUCUACCGCCGAGGGGCCAGAAGAUGGAGGAAGCUCUACCGAGUCAACGGGCACCUCUUCCAGGCCAAGCGCUUUAACAGGAAAGCCUACUGUGGCCACUGUGCUGAGAGGAUAUGGGGGCUGGCCGGGCAGGGCUACAAGUGUAUCAACUGCAAACUGCUGGUCCAUAAGCGCUGUCACAGACUCAUCCCUCAGACCUGCCAAAGGCUUAUGGAUCCAGUCAUGCCAUCACAGGAGCCCCCUUCAGACGCCAGGAGUGAGGAAGUGGACCUUCCACCAGAAGACGCAGAGGACACAGACGGAAUACCUUUCCUACCACACAACUGUACAGUGGAUCAAACCCAGGAUGCAGAUACAGAGGACAUCAAAGCGGUGGUGGACGGCAUCGACGGCAUCAAGCUGUCCCAGGGUCUGGCUCUCGGCCUGGGGGACUUUGAUCUGAUCCGGGUCAUCGGGCGCGGCAGCUACGCCAAGGUGCUUCUGGUCCGGCUGAAGAAGAACAAGCAGGUGUACGCCAUGAAGGUGGUGAAGAAGGAGCUGGUCCACGAUGACGAGGAUAUCGACUGGGUGCAGACAGAGAAGCACGUGUUCGAGCAGGCGUCCUCCAAUCCCUUCCUAGUAGGCCUCCACUCCUCUUUCCAGACAGAGAGUCGGUUGUUUCUGGUGAUUGAAUAUGUGAAUGGUGGGGACCUGAUGUUUCAUAUGCAACGACAAAGGAAGCUGCCUGAAGAGCAUGCAAGAUUUUAUGCUGCGGAAAUCUGUAUCGCUCUGAACUUCCUGCAUGAAAAGGGCAUCAUUUACCGAGACCUGAAGCUGGACAAUGUUCUCUUGGACCACGAUGGACACAUCAAGCUCACAGACUACGGCAUGUGCAAGGAAGGGAUUAGACCAGGUGACACCACUAGUACCUUCUGUGGAACACCCAACUACAUCGCCCCCGAGAUCCUCAGAGGAGAGGACUACGGCUUCAGUGUGGACUGGUGGGCUCUGGGCGUGCUGAUGUUUGAGAUGAUGGCUGGGAGAUCCCCGUUCGACAUUAUCACCGACAACCCCGACAUGAACACGGAGGAGUACCUCUUUCAAGUUAUUCUUGAGAAGCCCAUUCGCAUCCCAAGGUCUCUGUCAGUGAAAGCUGCCAGCGUGCUCAAGGGCUUUCUGAACAAGGAUCCCAAGGAGCGGCUGGGAUGCCAGGUCCAGACGGGCUUCAUAGAUAUCAAGGCACACACAUUUUUCCGCAACAUAGACUGGGAGCAGCUGGAAAAGAAAGAGAUGACGCCGCCCUUCAAACCUCAAAUCACUGACGACUACGGCCUCGAGAACUUCGACACGCAAUUUACUAAUGAACCAGUGCAGCUAACGCCAGAUGAUGCGGACGUCAUCAAGAAAAUAGACCAGUCCGAGUUUGAGGGAUUUGAAUACAUCAACCCCCUGCUGCUAUCCACAGAAGAGUCUGUAUGAAGGGGGACCAGCUUCCUCCUUCGCCCACCGUGUGUCUGUCCGAGCUGCCGUCUCAGCCAAUAACACUCUGAGAGGCGAGGAGAGGACAACGGGACGGAGGACCUCACCCUCUGGACCUUGUCAAGGAGGCAACGGGAAAGGUUCCUUCCUGCAGCGUUCAGAUUGUUUGUUGGAAUACCAAACGCGUCUUUUCUUGGCAUCCACGAAAAAACAAAGACUUCAAGAACAUUCCCUGACGUUACGCUGUCUUCCCCUGACCGGUUCUUUUUGUCCCUGGGCUUCAUAGCGCUCUCUUCUAUGAUCGGAGCAGAGAGCCUGCCGCCAUGAACCCGUCUCACGUCCGUGACAGAGACAUUUGACAGUCCUGCUGAAUCUGCAAUUUUAACUGCACUUUCUUCCUUUUCUUAUUAUUUGUUUAACUAUCAUUGGGGGGGUGUUGAAGGGGCGACGCCUCACACACAACAAGAAUGUACAAUGACUCAAAAUUAAGUUAUUAUUGUGCAUUAUAAUGUAGGUAGUGAAUCCAGAAUUGACAAUGCCUUUUUUAUUGAUGCAAGUGGCGCAUUUUCAUCUUAAACACAGCAUUUGUUUUUAUUACCCUGCAGGACUUUCACUAACAGGGGGGGGUGACCACUUUUUAUUUAAGAAGUGCCUCAAAGAUCCUAUUGAUUACCAUGGCUCUGAUCGAACACAUCUUUUCUCAAACAACCUCACCCAUCCUGCAUCUGCUGACACCACAUCCACAUUUUUAGUGUAAUGAAGUCUUUUGAGCAGAGUAGCCUCGAAUCAUUACUGAAUCUUUUCUUUCCCAAUGGUCAGUUCCAGUAUUCCGUGCAGAGCGGUGUAUCUGAAGUCAGCCGGUGCAGAAGGAGUCACGCAGGAAGCUUGGUGUGUACGUGGUUGCUGCCAUAUGCCAGAUGCCGCCGUCCGUACAGCCGUAUCGGUAAAGGUGUCCACGGGCCUGUCCCAGUUCAGAAGCACAUUAAACCAGGACGUCAGCUAAAAAACAAAGGCUCCACAGUGUGUACAGGCUUGCUGGCCGAGCUCAGAUCGUUCUACACCAGCUGCCACUGCGUGACCAUCUGCAGCCAGUUGGAUGCGUCACGUGACCGGUGGGGUGUGCUGUCUUGUGGAAAAGUGUCUUUUUAGGGUUGUUGUGUGUUUCCAUCCUCGCACCAAGGCUGGCUUUACAUGGUGCACCUGCAGCUCAGUGCCACUGGGACAUGUCGUUUUGCACUGACAAAUCUCAUCAAUAAAAUCCCAAUGUAUUUUUAA